AUGCCAUUGCGGUCAGAGGACUGCUGGUUUGCGGGAGAGGUCUCGGGGUUCUAUUCUCAGUGUCGCGGAUUUAGAGUUGAGGGUAAAGAUUUUGAUCUGUUCGAUCGAUUACAGUUCUUGGUUGGCGUCAUCAAAUCCAAGGUGCAGGAUCGGAGAAGAUGGGGUGAAGAGGGGCUGCCUCGGCCGCAAUUACCUGAGAACCCCGAUCUUCGCAAAGUCGAGAUGUACGGAUACGAAAACCUGGCCGGGCGGCCCGAGCGACCAACUGGCAAGAGAGUAUCUCGUGCAACUACCUCCACAAUCAUACCCCACGCCGUUCAUGUUUCCCUCUCUAAUUGGUAUCGCCGUGGGUGGAAUUCACUGACCCUAUCUGGCUGUUAUCCCAUACGCAAACCCCGAAACCAAUACACCCUCCUCGGCGAGCCUGAUAUUUGCAAUGGCACUCAAGGGGGAAAAUAUUGUGAGGGAGACUGGUGGUGGCUGAGGUCAACAGCGGGAAGUAGCGAGGACAGGGCGCAGGCUCGACAACACUUGGGAUAA